CCAAUGCUAAGUAUCGCUAAGUAUUGUUUUCGAUUUAAUGCCGAUAAGACGUAUGGAUUUUUGUAUACUUAAUUGAGAGCAUAUUUCAUUAAUAAUGAGCGAUGAAAAGCAACCGCUUCUCACAGGGCCGCCUACUCCUACAGAAAAUAAUGAAAUUCAAGCAGUGGAAUUAGUAACAGACCUUCCAAUACCAUCAGAAGAUAAUAAAAGUGAAUACCACCCAGCUUCGGAAAGAUGUUUAGAACACCCAACAUCGAAUUUCGAUACCUUAAUCCAUCUGCUAAAGGGCAAUAUUGGGACAGGUAUUCUGGCUAUGCCAGAUGCUUUUAAAAACGCUGGUCUACUAUUUGGUGUUUUCUGCACAUUAUUCAUAGGAGUACUGUGCACACAUUGUAUGCACAUACUGGUAAAGUGCUCGCACGAGCUGUGCAUUAGGAACCAAAGACCAGCACUCAGUUUCUCUGAGGUAGUAGAGGAUGCCUUUGCUACAGGACCAGUGUCUUUACGACCUUAUGCUAAGAAAAUGAAGAGUAUAGUCAAUGUUUUCCUGGUAAUAACACAAUUGGGAUUUUGCUGUGUAUACUUUUUGUUUGUGGCAACUAACCUUCAAGAGACGAUUCCCUUAUAUCGCGAGACACAUAUUGGGGUCUAUAGUUAUUUAGCUUUGCUAUUCCCAGCAAUGUUUGCGCUAGCUAUGUUAAAAAACUUAAAAUAUUUAACACCGGUUUCUCUAGUGGCAUCUGUAAUGACAGCUUGGGGGCUAGUGGUUACAUUUUAUUACAUCUUGCAAGAUCUCCCUCGUACAGAUUCAGUCAAAGCGUUUGCAAGUUGGCAGCAAUUGCCUCUGUAUUUUGGCACAGCUAUUUAUGCAUUUGAAGGAAUAGGAGUGGUUUUGCCACUUGAAAAUAACAUGAAAACCCCUGACGACUUUGGAGGCUGUACUGGUGUUCUUAAUACGGGGAUGGUGAUAGUAGCUGCUCUGUAUACAGCCAUAGGUUUUUUUGGCUUCUUAAAAUAUGGUGAUGAUGUACAUGGAAGUAUUACAUUAAAUUUGCCUAACGAUUUCCUUGCUCAAAGUGUCCGUACAAUGAUGGCAGCAGCUAUAUUCUUGUCGUAUGGACUUCAAUUUUAUGUACCUAUGAACAUCGUGUGGCCUUACGUAAAGUCAAAAUUAACAUCUGAAUGGGCACUUAAACACGGCGAAACCGUAACACGGUUUGUGCUCGUUUCCAUUACUUUUACGGCGGCAGCGCUCAUACCAAACUUGAGUGGUAUAAUUUCGCUUGUGGGUGCAUUCAGCAGCUCGGCACUCGCACUUAUUUUUCCACCGGCCAUUGAGAUAAUCACGUUCUGGCCUGAUAAGCUAGGCAAACACGAUUGGAAACUAUGGAAAGACAUUUUCAUAAUAAUUUUCGGGGUUACUGGCUUCGUUUUCGGUACCUACGCCAGUAUAGAAAAUAUAAUAAACCCCACAGAAAAUAUAUAAAAAUAGCCUAAUAACUUAAAAAGUAUAGACGAAUUGGAAAAGAAACCAAAGAUUUUGAAUACUAUUUUAAUAUACCUAAUCAUGACAAUAAUUGUAUGUAGUAAUUGUUAAACGUUUUUUUGUUAAAUAUUUACUGCUAAUCAGCUUUCUAAAGCUUGUUUUAGUUUAAGUUAGCUGAAAUACAUGGUAUUGUUGUAAAAAAUAUAAUUAUAUUGCGAUCAAGUUAUUCCCUACAUAUUUUAAGAUGCGUUUAGUAUUAAAUAAUGUCUAUGAUUUGUUUUGCUUUAAUACCUAUAAGAAACAUGUAAGUGUACAAGACUUUGCAACAGCAUUAAGGCUCAUCUUCAUGGUCGAGCUUCACCGAGAGUAAAUUUGACCUGUAGCCGUUCUUUUUCAGCUCGAAUUUGUGAUCUGAGACUUUAUUUCAGUAUUUUAAUUGCAGUUAUCAUUUAUUACAUUCCCGUGUAGGAAAAUGAAUAUUUUGUACCUGUUGGUAUUUUUUGCUUAUGUGAUUAUUAAUGUGAUUUUAACUGUAUACCUAUUAUUAUAUAAUUAAUUUCAUUUUGAAAAAUAUAUUUUUUGCUAUAUCGUUAAUUGUAGAUUUGUAGAUGUAUCCUAAAACAAUGUUUAUGAUUAUUAUAACUUCAAAUAAAACUAUUUUUCUAUUGUACUCUUGACUCACGAAUUUGAUAUCGAUUUUAUUGCUUCGUAAGUUUUUGUAAACCGAUCUAUAUCGUACAAAUUCGAUUUAUUCGGUUGCAUUUUGUAUCGUAUAAAAGAAAUCAAUUGACAACUAGGUGGAAUAGAAGUUUCGAUUUAUGUGCAACGAAAUCGGCCCUGAAAUUAAUCAACUAAGUAAUAGAUCUCAUCCAACUUAAAUCUCAAGCAUAUUUUAAACAUUAUACGAUAUCGAAUAAUUAUAAUAAUCAUGUUUUGUUAAUAAUAUUAUGUUUACGAAAUCGAUUUCGGUGUCAGAAAUAUAAACCCCAUACAUAUUGAAGUACACAUAUAGUCAAAAUGGUUAUUAUAGGUACAUAAAUAUUAAUACAACAUUGAAAAAUCUUACUCUUAAACUAAAUUUAUAUAAAAAUGUAUUAUAACUUAUACCAUAACUAGCGCUUAAAAUUUUGCGUAUUAUGUUGUUUAAAUUGUGUAUAUAAUGUACUUCUUUGAUUGCCUGAACGUAACGACUACGCAUAAAUGAAAAAAAAUAUAUUCAUUUAUUGUAAUUAUACCUGAC